UGUCGCCUCCCGGCUCCACCCGCGGGAGAGGCGCCACAUGGCUUCGGCCUCCACGGGCCUCGGGGCCCGGUCCUUGCUGCAGUUCUUGCGGCUGGUGGGGCAGCUCAAGAGAGUCCCACGGACUGGCUGGGUAUACAGAAAUGUCAAAAAUCCAGAGAGCGUAUCAGAUCACAUGUAUCGGAUGGCAGUUAUGGCUAUGGUGACCAAAGAUGACCAUCUUAAUAAAGACCGAUGUAUACGUCUAGCCCUGGUUCACGAUAUGGCAGAAUGCAUCGUUGGGGACAUAGCACCAGCAGAUAACAUCCCCAAAGAAGAAAAACAUAGGCGAGAAGAGGAAGCUAUGCAACAGAUAACCCAGCUCCUACCAGAGGAUCUCAGAAAGGAGCUCUAUGAACUUUGGGAAGAGUAUGAGACCCAAGCUAGUGCAGAAGCCAAAUUUGUGAAGCAGCUGGACCAGUGUGAAAUGAUUCUUCAGGCUUUUGAAUACGAGGACCUUGAAAACAAGCCUGGGAGGCUGCAAGACUUCUAUGAUUCCACAGCAGGAAAAUUCAGUCAUCCUGAGAUCGUCCAGCUUGUUUCUGAACUUGAGGCAGAACGAAAUGCGAACAUAUCUGCGGCCUCCAUGGAGCCAUGCUCCUGAGCUCUGUUGCUGCACUCCUAUAAUAUAUAUUUCAUUUUUCUGUUUCAUGGUAUUGUGUUUUACCAUUUUUGGUCAAGUGGUUUCCCCCAAUGUGAAUCUAUUUAUUUUCAGUUGUCUGGACUUGAGAAAGAAAUGUGAUAUGAUUUGAAUACUGAAAGAAGCCACAGAACAGGAAGUGGUCAUGAUAAUGCCACAGAUGAAAACUGGACAAGGCAGUACCUUUUCUAAGAAUUAAAUAUUAAAUAAAUAAAUAAAUAUUUAACA